AUUUUAUUUCAUUUAUUUAUUAGAUUUUUGACGCAUGUUUAUGCUUCCAUUAUUCGGAUUGUAACAGCUCUAACCAUAUGUGGAAGUUCAUUUCACAAUACUUAUAGUAGAUGAUUAGGUAACUUGUAAAUCACUGGAAAGGCUUACUUAUUAUCUGCACUACACUUGCACUUCUUCACUUUCUUUUUCAGUGAAUUUUUAUGAAUAUUCCCUUCUAAACAGAUCAUAUGUAACUGAACGUUGUGGAGUCCUAAUCAGAGACUUUAUUGACCAGUCACUAGCUGAUCGUCUAUGCACGCGACCAUUCUUGUGUAUUGAAGAUAAACGUUGGAUUGCUUAUCAACUUUUAUGUGCUGUUGACCAAUUACAUAGCUCUUCGUCUAAAUCAUAUGGUGCAAACACUAGGACUAGUCAUUCAUGUCUUUGCCAUGGGGAUAUCAAGGCGGAAAAUGUACUGAUUACCUCUUGGGGAUGGGUAUUGUUGGCUGAUCCAGCGCCAUUUAAGCCAGUUUGGUUACCAUCUGAUAAUCCCAGUGAAUUUACACAUUUUUUUGAUUCAUCACGUCGACGUGUUUGUUAUUUAGCUCCAGAGCGUUUUGUUGAAGUACAGAAUUGUGGAACAACAACAACAACAACUUCUGCUACCACUGAUACUGCUAUUGGUGUUGAAGCCUCAGUGUUAGAUAUGAUUACUCCACUGACCAUUAUACCAGAUAAUCAUUUAGAAGAAGGGGAAGAAGCAAAUGCCUACUGUGAAGAAUCAAAAAACCAACCAAGUUUAACAAUAAGUGAUAUUGGUAAUGUUAUUUCGAAGUCAACUACAGAAAAUGACUUAAAUAAAUUAAACAGAGAAAACACUACUGAUGCAUUAGAUACGCAACUUUCCUUCGAUGCUUCCGAUUUAACUAAUAAUAAUAACAGUAACAAUAAUAAUAAUAAUAACAACUUUGUGAAAAGUGAAUCAUCCUAUGUUGUCGAGAAUUCAAGUGAUAUUUUAACCCAACUCAGUAUGACUUCAUCACCUUCAUUGAUAUUGAAUACAGACGAUUGUGAUUUACAAAAUUCCAAUGAUGAAGUUGAUUUAAAACAUCGGUCAAAGUAUAUUGCAUCAAAUUUACCUGAAGUGAACUGUCAUUUAACACCUAGUAUGGAUCUGUUUUCGAUCGGAUGUGUCCUGUUAGAAUUAUUCACUGAUGGAUCAAUAGCUUUCACAUUAGCUGAUUUAUUGGCAUAUCGACGUAAUGAUCAAAGUCGUUUAUUGAAACUUCUGGAACAAGUUCCAUGCGAACAUGCUAAAUCUCUGAUCUAUACACUGCUGUCAUUGGGUAAAGAAGGACGCUACACAGCUGCUGAACAUUUGAAGCAACAAAGAGGAAAAACUUUCCCAAGUGUCUUUUAUACACACUUGUCACCAUAUCUUCGAAAUUUUUUGAAUCCAGUAUUAAACUGUCCUGACUCAAGAAUAUCAUUUCUUAGACUAACUCUGACAAACUUCCUUCAACAAGUUGCUGACACGGGAUCAGAAAAUUUAAGCACAGUGUCAGUUAUUUUGUGUAAUCUUAUUAUCAGUGCUUUACGACCUACAUCGUAUAGUCAAACUACACAAACUCCGAUCACAGCUGCUGACCUACCAAUUUUAACACAAGUUAAUAAAAUUAGUGUUGAUCCUUUCAGUGCAGUACGAAGCAAUUUGAAUACUUCCACAGUAUAUCAGAAAACACAAUCAAAUCGUUUAAGUGAAACUGGUAAAGUGAAUGCAUUGAUAUGCCUUUUGGAGAUAGCAUCAUAUAUGCAGCCUAGUUUACUUAUGGAUCGUAUCAUACCUUAUUGUAUGGAAUUGACGACAACAUCGCAUUCUGGUGAAGUUCGAAGUCUAGCUGUUGAUUCUCUAACGCAUAUUUUUAAAUUGGUUACAAAAAAGUGUGAAAAUCUCACAGAGUACACAUCAUUUUUAGAGGAGACAUUUUUAACAGAAUAUCUUUUCCCGAAUUUAUCGCCUCUCAGUAUGGAUCCGAAACCUGAAGUACGAUUAACGCUAGCCCGAUGUCUGCCUACCUUGGCAACAUGUUCUUUAACGUUUCUUAAUAUCAUAUCAAAGAUGCGUGCUGAGUCGACAGAUGUCAAACAUAAAUCUCCUGAUUUUGUGCAUGACUAUCAAAGUGAUCAAAAAACACUGGACACUCAUUUAUCUAUAUUAAAAUCAUGUAUACAAGAGAGAUUAGUUGCACUAUUCUCAGACACCGAUCCAAAUGUUCGUCUAGGAUUGAUGAAUACGCAUAGUCUAUCAUCUUUAGCAUCGUUCUUUGGUCGUUCACGUACAAAUGGAACACUUUUAUCACAUAUGAUCACAUAUUUAAACGAUAAAGUUAAACCUGACCUAAGGGCAGCCUUUUUUCGACAAGUUUCUCCAUUGGCUACAUUAAUUGGAGCUCAGUCGGUUACCAUCCUUCGAUCAUUACUUGAACAAGGUCUUAUUGAUCCAGAUGAUAUGGUUAUUGAGGAGUGCCUAAAAUGUUUAAUUAAUCUGUUACGUCGACGACUACUUAGCGCACCUAUAGCUGUUUCAUUUUUGACUAGUGCUCUUGCUUUAACUGCACAUCCAUCGCUACGCAUUCGUCAGGCAUGUAUUGCUUACAUUACAACAUUUGCUCGGCUUGCUGUCAACUUUUCUGAAAAAUCACAAUCACGAAUUAUGAGUCAAGAAGAAGAUACAGAGCCUAUGAUACAUCAUUUUUGGCCAGGUAUUUGUAGCCCUGCCAGUAUUUAUGCACGUUUAGUAAACAGUGAAGUCAAGAAAACUGUCUUUCGACGACCUGUACACUUUUGUUUUACAAAUGAUGCAGUACUAUUGAAUAGUUUACAUCCACCAAUUAGUCGAAAUGUUUUAGAAGCUUUGGUAUUCAUGUCCUACUCAUCAUCGAAUAGUGUGAAUCCACCAACCUCAGUUGAUUUGCAAUUACGCGUAGAUAAAUUAGGCCAAAUUUUAAAGUUAUUCCAAGAAAGAAAAUCUUCACGCGCUAUUACACGGAGUGGAGAAACACCUUGUUAUACUUCACCAUAUGAUGAAUUUAUUGACUCAUUGAUUUUAAAAUUGAAGUCUUUGGGACUUACAGAGCUGAUGGAAUCACAAUUUGUAAAUUUAUCUAAUUAUAUUUUAAAUUUAUGUCGAAAUGGUCGACCUCAAAAUAUUUUUCAUUCGUCUAAUCCAAAAGUGAAUCGUAUAUUUCCGAAAUAUAGAAUCUAUCCUUUUGAAAGCUGGGGUAAAAAGCUUUUAAGUUCAAAACCUCUUAAUCAGUGUACAGAUCCCAAAGACUUCCUGGCGGAUCCCUCUUAUUUACAAUGGAUACUGUGUUCUCCGUUAAAAAGAUACGUAAACCUUCUAUGGGAACGGUUACAAUCCGGUCGCCUUUCAUUGCAUCGUGAUACUUUUGAUUCAGCUAAAAAGGUGAUAUUUGGUCGUGGUUUAAUAUUGUCUCCGUCUGUAACAUCGCUUUCUGGUACAGAUCAUUCUGAAUCAUCAGUGAGUACGUCUAAUACAAAUCAAUCAAAGACCAGUACAAUUGUUCACGGUGAAGUGUUCUCAUCAUUUACAGAAAUUGUUAAUCCAUUGUCCGGUCUACGAACAAAUCCUCGUAAUAUGUUUGAAGUACACGGUGAAAUGCCUGUAUGGCCGGAAUCUCGUCCUCAAGGUAUUAUGCUGGCUAAUCUUCGUGAGCAUCGUGCAGGUGUAAUAAGUUUGGCAACUCAUAAUUCUGGUAGACUCCUAGCAUCAUGUUCAAGUGGUGAUGGAUCAGUGAAACUAUGGAAUUGUGGAUUUUGGCCUACUGAGUCUGAUGGUUAUUUAGAUCAAUCAUCAGCUGGAAAUCACUCUGGACGCAUUAACAGCUGUGGUACAUCGUCUGACUUUGUUCAAAAGUCGACAAAUUCGAAGAACUCAGAGCUUGGUUUAGCCUAUUGCUUACCUACACGAUCAUCCUGGACGGUUAACUGUGUUGGACAAGAUUCAAAUGAUUCAUCGUUUAAAUCAUGUCGAGGUCUUGUUUGGACAGCGAAUGGAACUAGUUUGGCUACAAUACUAGAUGGCAAAUGUCUACAGCAAAUUGAUGUGGCUACUGGUAGAUCCAGUGGGAUCAGUCAGUUAAUUACAGAUAAUUCUGGUCGCGCUAUAUGCCUCAGGUCAUCAACAUGCUGUCACUUUCCUUCACAAUAUAAUCUGUUACAACAGGUCAUGCCAACUGGAGGAGAAGUCAAUUCAAUUGCUUAUGCUACGACUAGCAAUCAAAUUGUUGCUCGUGACAUACGCAUACCAAGUUCUAGUCCUCCUGUGUGGAUAUUGAAACAAGACAGAGCUCAUGGAUUAAUACUUUCAAUGGCAAUGCAUAGUUUUCACACAUGGUUAGUUACAGGAACUAGUCGUGGUCAUCUUAUUUGUUGGGAUUUAAGAUAUAGACGUCAGAUAGCUUAUACAGAACAUCCAUACCAGGCAGGUGUAGGAAUUUCAAAUUUGCUUAUUGCUGAAACUCCUUCUCCACUUGAAAUGGAAUUAAAGUGUACUGGUCAAAAUCGUACUCAAUUAUCGGAUAAAACCCGUCAAGUAGGACAAACAUUGAUAAUAGCUGCUACUGAUCACCAUAAUGAGUUGACCAUUUGGGAUUUGGAGUCAUCCGCCACAGCAUCAUCUGCAGCUAUUUCGUCAUGCAAUUAUGGACUGCCUGGUUCUCUUCCACCAGUUCAUAGUACAGGUUGUUUAGCAUCUACAUGGGCACAACCAGGAAAUGGAACACCUCUUAUUCUUGACAGUUCUCUACCACAGCGGUCAGUUCGAGCUAUUUUAUGUCUUCCAAAUAGAAGUUUAAUGACUACAAAUGAAUAUAAAAAACUCAAUCCUCAAGUUGGACAUUUACCAGCUAUUGUGGCAGGUGGUAACGAUGCACGUUUAAGAUAUUGGAAUUUCAGGAGACCUGAAGAUUCAUGUGUGUUAGUAUGGGCUGGGAAUGAUGAAGAGGCUCUCCCACCGCGAGUUACAUAUCGGUCUAUGGACGUAAAUGAUGUCUACGUUUUAGUUGAACAAGUCAAUACACCUUCAGGUGGCGAUACAUCAAGUCUUCUGACAAAAACCGUUUACACAGAAUCUUCACCCAAACUACAACGGCCGAGUACUACCACUGAGUCAUUAACAAGCAAUGCAUUCCCUACAUCUGGGCGUCUAGAACUACGCGAAUCAACUAAAGGUCAUAAAAAUAUUAUAUCUGAUUUAACUAUUCUUCAAGCAGGUCAAGCAUUUUUAGUAUCCUCUUCAAUGGAUGGAGUUAUAAAGAUUUGGCGAUAG